GGUCUAGAUAUACUAUGUCUAUGGUUUGAAAUAUGUAAAUAUAUAUACGCUUUGGUCGAGUACUGUCGUGUUCAAAUACGUUACGCGUGUGUCUUUUGGACCUUAUUUUUGAAUUCUAUUCUCCUCUUCUAAAGAGGAAUUCUUUCUGUAGCAUCCUAUCAGUAACUUUCAUCUAAAUAAAAUUUCUGAUACUAACCCACAACUUGAUCUCUACAACAUUAACGCUAUUUAUAUUCAUCGACUUGGCCGUGUGGGCCUGUAUAUUUCAGGCCCGGUGCCAUUCACAAGAAGAAGAAGUAAAUAUAUAUACGGAGACAAAUGGAAGUAAACGAGACAAACUUUUUAUCUUAAAACAAUUUUACAAUGAUAAACAACAAAAAAAUAAUGGCAUCCAUCUUGGAGAAUAUUGAGGAGAAAGGACAAGAGGGUCCGAUCAGAUGCAUAUUCUUUGCCGAAUUUCAUCACAUAGCGGGACCUAAAAUUACAUGUCAGGUACCUGAUAAUUUUAUAUCCAAGGACAUUUUUGACAAUGUCAGUGUUUACAUUAUACCCAAAGCACAAUUACAAAGAAGCACCAUUACAAUCACAUUAAAGGACUAUAAAAUUUUAGGAUUUCCUGUAAAGAUUGACGAUAAGAAAUAUGCAAGAAAUGCGUUUUAUUUCAACUUGUGUUUUGUUUGUGAUGCAAACGCUCGCACUGUUCAUUACGAACCGGUAGUUAAGAAAAUGUCAGAUUUUUUGAUAGCUUUGGAAAUAGAAAAUUGCUUUUUAUCUGCCUCUGAUGAUAAAACCAGAUUAGCAGAAAUGCUCGCUCAAGUCAUGCAGGAUUUAAAUCUGCACAAAAUGUGUACAUUGACUGAAGGAACAAUGACAUCUCAUUUGAAAGUAGUGAAAUUAGCACCUGAGCCCAAGCCAGUUCUCGAUCAUCAAGUACCAAUAUUCUUGGAGGGUAGAGAGACAUUUCAGAGCGAUCAAUGGGAUCUGACUACACAGCAAGUGUUACCUUAUAUCGAUGGUUUUAAUCAUGUGGCGCGUAUAGCAGCUGCAGCCGAUGUAGAAAAUAAUUUAGUUAAAAGCUGUGUACAAAAUCUUGUAUAUUAUGGAGUUGUGACUCUGAUUCCAAUAUUUCAAUAUAGUAAUGUUUAUGCUGUAACUCCGAAAUUAAGGCAAUUGGGAGAUGAUAUGAAAUUACAGAAUAGAUGUAUAGCAUAUGCUUCUAAAUUAUCUAGGCAACCUGCAUAUUUUAGGGAUAUACACCAUAUAUACUCAAGUAUGACUUAUGGCAUUACCAUGAAGGACUUGUGCCAACGUCUUAAUCCACAAAACUUGAGAAUAAAUGAGAGAAGACUGAUACAAUUUGGUUUGAUGGAGGGGCUUAUUAGGAGAGUAUAUAAUUAUCCUGUACUCCUUCCCGGUGCAUCUUGCAGCGAAGAAGCAAAAAACAAUCCAAUCUAUAAGUAUUUUACAGGCACAUAUAGCCUCGAUGAGAUAUGCUGUAGCACAGGUCAGUCAACCGCACAAAUCGAAGAUAUUAUUGAACGCGAUCCGAACGUACUAAUGAUAUGGAAGUGAUGUUAUAGAAUGAAAGCUAAAAAUAAAAAAUAAGCGAUGCCCACAAACGUAUAUCGUCGAUUACAAAGAGGCUGUAAUAUUUCCUUAAGUGAUUCUCAGAAUAUACAUCUGAUAAGAGAAUUUGUUUCCUAGUUGUUUCUAGAAAAUAAAUUCUUUUAUCAGACAUCAAGGGACCACUAAAAAAAGUAUGUUAAUUAUUUUGACACCAACUAUAUAUAUUCAUGUAAACAAUUUUGUAUUAGCACAAAUCUACCAUUCUCUCGAUAAGGAUUUUUAAAUAUAAUUUGUGUUUCUUGCAUAACACCAUAUUUAUACAUAGUUUUGUAUAUAUGCAUAUAUGUGUACAAUAAAAUCAAAAGGAUAUGUGAUCUUUGCCAUCUUUAAAA